UUAAAUUCCAAAUAUUAGUGAUUCAGAUAAUUCCAGAUAUCCUCCAUUAAUAUAACAAAGAAUCAGAAAUGGCCCAAAGAGUUACCUAUAGAAGAAGAAAUCCAUACAACACUCGUUCAAACAGUAUCAAAACUGUUAAAACCCCAGGUGGAAUCUUAAAAGCUCAACAUGUCAAAAAAUUGGGAACAAGACCAAAAUGUGGUGACUGUGGUUCUGCUUUAUCUGGUAUUGCUACUUUAAGACCAAGACAAUAUGCUCAAAUUUCUAAAACUCAUAAAACUGUUUCAAGAGCUUAUGGUGGUUCAAGAUGUGGUCAAUGUGUCAAAGAAAGAAUUGUCAGAUCUUUUUUAAUUGAAGAACAAAAAAUCGUUAAAAGAGUUUUAAAAGAUAAUGCUGAAAAGGAAAAAUUAGCUGAAGCUAAAAAAUCAAAAAAAUCAAAAAAAACUAAAUCUAAGAAAUAAAUUAUUCGUAUCAGUUAAUUAAGUUAUAAUCUAUUUCAUUUGUUUUGUAUAAUUUUUUAAUGUCGUAUAUUUUUAGAUUUCUAAUCAACUAUUUGAAUUCUUUCAAAAAAAAGAUCAAAG